UUUUCCUUCCAUUCUGAAAAUUUUCAUAAUUCAUUUUCCGCUGUUCGCUUUUCCACGAAAAUUGGACUAAGUGAAACGAUGAAAGUUGGAAGUAGUUGAAAAAGAAAGAAUUGAAUAAUUAUCAAUAAACGUGUGAUUAGAAAGUGCAUUAUUGAAAAGUGCAUUAUAAUUUUCCCCUUUUAUUGAAGAUUGGAAAUUUAUUCAUUUUCUGUGCGAUUAUUUCGGCGUUCGUGGAUACAAGUAAUUAUUAUUUAUUGCCAAAAUGGAAGACGAUUUACCCUCGGAGUACGAUGUCAUCGUUAUUGGAACAGGUAUGGCUGAAUCUAUAGUAGCAGCAGCAGCGAGCAGAAUUGGUAAAAAAGUCUUGCAUCUGGACAGAAAUGAUUAUUAUGGUGGAAUGUGGGCUUCUUUCAAUUUCGAUGCCCUUCAAAAAUGGCUCGAAGAAUGUAGAAAACCGGCCUCAAAAACUGAAAGCCCUACCGUGGAUAAAGCUUUAGUAAAAGAGGGCGAAACAUUGAUUUUAUCAGGAAAUCAGUUUUCUACCGUUGGUAAUAUCGAUGAAAAAUGGCUCAUCCCCGAAGAAAGUGCCAAAGAGACGGAAGAAAGCCAACCUGAAGCAGAAGAGAAUAAAUGGAACCAAUCUAAAAUAAAAAGCUUGAGUAGAAAAUUUAAUUUAGAUUUAGCACCAAAACUUUUAUUUUCACGAGGAUCUUUGGUUGAUUUGUUAAUCUCUUCGAAUAUCGCUCGCUAUGCCGAAUUUCGUAGUGUAACUAGAAUAUUAACUUGGUUCCACGAUAAUCUGGAAGCAGUGCCUUGUUCUCGAGCCGAUGUUUUCGCCGCUAAAGAUGUCUCUGUCAUUGAAAAAAGGCUAUUAAUGCAAUUGCUGCAACUUUGCGUCGAAUAUAAACCGGAUGGAAAUGAAUUCGAAGGCUUCAAAGAUAAAACUUUCAUCGAAUACUUAAAAAGCAAAAAUUUAACCGAAAACAUUUUACAUUACGUUUUAUACGCAAUCGCCAUGUCUAGUGAAAAAACACCUUGCAUGACCAGUGUCGAAAGAGCUCAACGGUUUCUAAGUAGCUUGGGUCGUUACGGAAAUACCCCUUUCCUAUGGCCUAUGUACGGGAGCGGAGAGUUACCUCAGUGUUUCUGCAGAUUGUGCGCUGUUUUUGGAGGAGUUUAUCAUCUUAAACGAGCUGCUGACGGUAUAAUAGUAACGGGUGAAGGAAGCAGUUCCGUUUGCAAAGGCAUCAUCUCUGAUGGUCAGCGAUUAACUACCGAUCAUUUGGUACUAGAUGUACCCGAUGCACCGCCUUCGUUUUUACAAAAAACGCCCACUGGUGGGCUUUCACGAGGAGUUUUCAUAACGAACAAAUCUAUUCUGCCAUCGGAGAAAGAAUCUCUGACCUUGUUACAAUUUCCUCCUGGUGAUGGAAAAGAACCUAUAACUAUAAUCGAAGUUGGACCUACAACUCAUGCUUGUCCUAGUGGGCUCUAUAUCGUUCAUAUGACUUGUAAACAAUAUGAAAACGCAGUGGAAGAUCUGAAACCAGCUGUAGAAAAAUUACUCAAAGUUGAAAAAUCGAAUGGCGAUUUCAGUAAAGCUUCGGAGGAAGAUAAAGAAAAAACUGAAAAUCGUCCUCAAGUACUGUGGACUUUAUAUUUCAACUGCCCAGAAACUUCUGAAUGUGAUCUAUCGGCUAACGUUCCCAAAAAUGUCUAUCUUACUUCUGGUCCAGAUUUAGACAUAGAUUUUGAAUUCGCUGUGAAACAGGCUAAAGAAAUUUUCACCAAGAUGUAUCCCGACGCUGAAUUCCUACCACGUGCUCCCGAUCCAGAAGAAAUCAUUCUCGAUGGCGACGAAGAAACUGGGCCGAAAUUCGAAACGAGCGAAGAAGGAAAAGGUGACGCUGCGAAGACGGAAGAAGAAUGAACAUAAAAAACUGCUUAUGCUACCUUUUUUUUCACGCUUGCGAUGAUGAAUUUUGCUUAUCAUGCUUUAAUCACGUGCAGACAACGCGUUUGCAUUUAUUGUAUGUAGAUUUUUCAUGCGCUCUUGGUCGCAAUUAUGUGAAAUGUGCAACGUGUUGGAUUUUUUGAGUACAAUCGUGCCUAUAUUCUCCGAAGCUUGUUUUUAUAUUUAUCACAUUACAUUCCACACUUCCUAUUAAUGUAAUAAGAAUAUAGCAUGGUUUUCCCAUCAGUCUUAACCAAAGAAGAAUUGUCAUUGUUUUUUAUCUACGUAUAGCAAAAUGUAAUGUUUUAUUUUAUUACCGUACCUACUACCUACCUAUAUGUAUUUGAUCAUGCAAGUUUUCGGUUUUGGCCGAGACAGAAUAUAUCUUUCAUUUUACGUUCGAGUAGUGGCUAUUUAUUUUAUCUUUAUCGAGAGCAUACCUACAUGUGUAAAUUCUUAUUUUUAUUCAAAUAUUGUUUCGGAUGAGGGAUUUUAUUAAGUUUAAGAACGCUUUUGAAAUUCGAUUCGCUGCAUUUUUAUACCGCUUUUUUAUUAUUAGCCGAUAUACUCGUUUUUUUAUAUUUCUUGUGAUAUGUUUUCAUCCUAGUUGUAAUGGCUAAGCUUACUUACAUUAAACGAAUAAAAUUGACAAACCAAUUUUCAACACAAUGGCGUUCUUUUUGAAGAUUAUUUACCCAUUUUUUUAGUUAGAGAAAUUCUUGAUCAAAUUUAAAUCUCAGAUUACGUGGCAGAAAGCGGAGGAUUCAUGUGCUGAGAAUUCAUGUUUUCGAAAAAAUCUUCGGUGGUUGUUUAUCGAUAAACUGAGAUUUUUAUUCAAAAAUUACAUUUUGGCGAAAAACAAUAUUUUUCUGCAAUUUUUACAAAAGAGGAAUUUUGGAUAAUUUUGCUCUUUGGUUUGGCCGAAAUUACAACUUUUUGACGAUUUUUAAGAAAAUGGAGACUUCUACGUAUUAGCAAUUUAAAAAAAAAUAUUUUACGUCAACUUUUGGCGAAAAAUUGGAUUUUUUGACAAUUCCAGUAUUGUCAAUGUCAGUUUGGUAGUAUUUGUUGCGUGUAUAAUCAAGUGAAGUAAAUGAAUAAUUUAGUAAUAGGUACCUACCUACUUAUGCCCCGCGACCCGCUCCCAUCAAAACUUUAGAUUAGGCAGAGAUUUCUUCGUGAAUUUUCAAAAUUCCUUCAAUUUUUUCUCAUCAGUGCUAAUAUUUCAUUAUUGAAAGCGCAGGUAUGUCUAUGUAGCCAAUUUAUAAUUUAGUUUUCUAACGAAGACCUGAGCAUCAAUAGUACCUCCAUUCAAUUCCCAAUGACGACCGCUAAAUGAUAUAAAUUGAGAAUAUCUCGUCAUACCCGCACUUUUGAAUGUUUUCCAAGUAAAAUAAAUCAAACGGUUCAAAUCCCACGAAAAUCCAUCCAAUAGUUUUUGCACAAUCCCUGCCCAAAGCUCGCUGUUUUCAUCGGUCGCUACUGAUAACAGCUAUAGGUAAAAAAUUUCGAUCAGGUUUCAUUCUGUGUGAGCAAAACCAAGCAAAACCGAUGUACCUACCAUUGAUGUUCGGCCGUUCGAGACUCGCUAGAUUAUUAGGUACUAUUUUUUGUUUGUGUCACAUUGUUCAAUAGAAGUGAAACAUUUUUAGCAAUACAUAAUCUACUUAUACCUAUUGCUCUUUACGUUUCGAUCGUCAUUCACAGUCAUCGUUUACCGUGUUUACAUAAAUUUGAAAUAUGAUCGUGAAAAAACUCUAUCGUCUGGUGAUGCCUCUUACAAAGCAGUAUUCGAAUUCUGUUCCAAGAAAAGACCUGUAUAUUUCAUACAGCUUAAAAGAAGUAUUUAGCAGACAGCAAGAGAGGAUGGAAAAACUCUUGGAUAAAACGGAAAAAUUGCAACGUAAAGUACUUCUAUUCAAUGUUCUCCUCUCAAUUUUUGCAGUAGAAGUAUGGGCAUUCGCGGCGUUCGUAGUAUAUUAUGAUGUGAAUAUCUUUGAGCAAUUGAAGAAUGCGAGAUUCCUGUCGAACUCGGAUGGUACUGAUACUGAAUCGUGAAACACGUUUUUCCAUUGUACACCGUUGUAUAUUUUUGCCUUUAAUUAUUAAAUUCUAUAUCGUUCAAUCUA